AUGGCGGAAUUUAUCCUACUACUUAUUAUCCCCUUUGUGUCGUCUAUGUUCAUAGGUACACAUUGUAUAGAACGCCCACUCAUUAAGAAUCAGGAACUUGUUACUAACUACUCUUACAAGUUACUGAGUUCCGUCCCUAAGAAUGUGUCUUUAGAGACGACUGUGUUGGAUCUGUCACAUAAUAACAUCAAAAACCUUGAAACAACAGACCUCAACUAUCUGUUGUAUCUCAAAGUUCUCAAUAUUUCAUAUAAUCUGCUCACUGAACUGAACAAAAAUAUAUUUGACUCUAACAACCACUUGGAGCAUUUGGAUUUAUCCUACAACCAGCUUAAGAAUGUCUCUUGCACAUUUCCAGACAACCUUCGGUAUUUGGACAUUUCGUACAAUCAUUUCAGAACAUUAUCUGUAACUAGAGGUUUGGGAAAUCUGGUAAAACUGGAGUACUUAGGGUUUGGUGUGGAGCAGUUUCUGCACUCGGAUUUUGAAGCAAUCUCUCAACUAAAACUACAACGUGUGUUCAUCAAUUUAAAUAAUCUAUCGGAUUACCAAAAUGGCAGUUUACUCAUGCUGAACACAAAGUACCUUCACCUUGAAUCUCUGCUCAUGAAAAAAGAUAUUUUCAACUUACUUUUUGAUGCUGUGAAUGUAUCUGAAUCUUUGGAACUGUCCAAGAUUGACAAUGUGGUAUAUGGAAUAACGAGCAACAUAUUAAGAAUAGCCAAGAAUUCUAGAGUCACCGAUUUAACUAUGUAUGACUUUUCACUACCAUGGAAUAUACUUACCUUCAUUCUUCAGGUUAUAUGGCACUCACCUGUUGAGAAGUUCCAUCUGUCUGAAUUUACAUUGGUUGGCUUCAUCAAUAGAGUUCAGUUUGACUAUUCCAACUCUUCUAUGAAAGAGCUUUACUUGAACAACAUUCAAAGUAAAGUUUUUUUGUUUAACCAAACUAUAUUGUACAGAUUGUUUUCUGAAAUGAACAUUGAAAAUUUGACCGUAAAUUCGGCCAAUUUUCUCUUUAUGGAGUGUCCUUUAAAACCUAGCAGCUUUCAGUACUUGGACUUUACCAGUAACGCAAUGACGGAUGAUGUCUUUCAAAAUUGUGCAACGCUGACUAAGCUGAGAACCUUUAUAAUGGUAGACAACAAGCUGCAAGCCUUAGUCAAGGUGAGCUCAAUGACAAGCAAAAUGAUAGCCUUGCAACAUCUUGACGUAAGUCGUAACCAGCUUCAUUACAAUGAGGAGACAUGCAGCUGGUCGCAGAGUAUAACAAAGCUGAACUUGGCUUUCUGUUCUUUAACCAAUUCUGUUUUUAAAUGUUUGCCAAAGAAUAUUAGGUGGUUGGAUUUGUCUAAAAAUGACAUAGCAUUUAUACCAUUAAACAUAGCCUAUUUUGAAAAACUAGAAUAUCUUAACCUUGCAUAUAAUCGAUUCUUUGAUAUGCCCGACUGCACAUUGUUACCUCGUCUAAACGUGCUCCAUAUUGAAUACAACCAAAUUCCUUAUCCAUCUACUGACUCCAUUCACAAAUGUAAAAAUGUCUCCAGAAUAAACAUGGGGAACAACCCAUUCCAUUGUUUUUGUGAGAUAAGAACCUUCAUUAAAACAGUAAGGAAAUCACCAGAGCGAAUGAAUAGCUGGCCAGAAAAUUAUGUUUGUGAACUCCCGGACAACGUUAAAGGGGUCAUGUUGGCUGACUUCUACUUGCCUGAAAUAUACUGUAAUAUCUAUAUACUGGUCCCAGUUAUAGUUGUGCCAAUAAUCCUUGGUCUUGCUCUGCUGUUUAUUGUAUGCAAAUAUUGUGAUGUGCCAUGGUAUUUAAAGAUGAUUUGGCAGUGGACAAGGACAAAGCACAGGACUAGGAAAUCCCAAAGUGGCGACUGGGAACUCAGGAGAGAUUUUGACUUCCAUGCUUUUGUUUCUUAUAGUGAACACGAUGCAUCUUGGGUUAAGCAUACAAUGUUGCCAAGUAUAGAGAACACUGACAACUCGAUACGGAUCUGUCAGCACGAGAGAAAUUUCUUGCCAGGAAAACCCAUUGUUGAAAACAUUAUUAACUGCAUUGAGAAAAGCUACAAGUCCAUCUUUGUUUUAUCUCCUCAUUUUGUGCAGAGUGAGUGGUGUCAUUAUGAACUCUAUUUUGCUCAUCAACAACUGUUUACUGAAAAGAAAGACAACCUAAUUUUAAUUCUGCUUGAACCAAUCCCUCAGUACAUUAUCCCUUCAAGGUACUCUAGACUGAAAGCACUUAUGGCAAAAAGAACAUAUCUGGAAUGGCCAAAAGAGAAAAGCAAGCAUGGUCUUUUCUGGGCUAAUGUCAAAGCAGCUAUUAGCAUCAACUUGUCAGAUCUGCAUCAUGAAGAACCACACUCUGAGACCCAAGUGCUCCUACAUGAUCAGGAAAAUAUCCACUCAAGUGAGAGUACAUAA